AAUCACUGAGAGGGAGAAGUGGUGAAGGUUUUGAAAAGGUAGGGAAGAAAAUGUUGAAAUAUUGUGGGAAUCUUCCGUUGGCUGUGGUGGUUCUGGGUGGAAUUCUUAGAACUAAAACAACCCUCAGCGAGUGGGAUGAAGUGCAUGAGAAUAUCAAAUCCUAUCUGGAUAAGGGAGAAAAAAUUGGAAAAGAAGGAGAGGUGCCAAAAGUUUUAGCUUACAGUUACUACAACCUCCCUUGGCAACUAAAACCAUGCUUCCUUUACUUGGGUAAAUUCAGGGAAGAUUCCGACAUUGGAGUAGAGAGUUUAUAUCAGAUGUGGAUAGGAGAAGGUAUGAUAUUUGAGAAUGAUAGGAGGGAGCAAGAAACAAUGAUGGAGGUUGCCGAGCGUUACUUGGAAGAUUUAGCACACAGAUGCAUGGUUGAGAUUAAAGUACAUGAGGAGGGGAAGCAUGCAGUAACAAGGUUGGAGUCAUGUCGACUUCAUGAUCUUAUGAGAGAUCUAUGCUUAGUCAAGGCAAAAGAGGAGAAUUUGUAUAAGCUGGUCGAUCGAACUACUUCACGAGAUUCUCCUCUUGCAUUUGAAGCACAAUAUGGUUUAGUCCUUCAUUUGCUUCCAGAAGAUAUCUCUGAAUACAACUUUCCACCAAAAGAACAAACUAAGCAUCUUCGCUCAUUCAUGUGUCAUUCAUUGGCAGUGCCCUAUUCUAAUCCAGGGGUGAGAAUAAUGUCCCAAGUCAAGAAUUUGAAGAUGCUUAGAGUUUUGACAAUUUUAUCCUUCCAUAUGGCCUCCCAAAGGUGUUAUCUCAAAUCACCUCUGGGAUAUGUCGGUAAGCUUAUCCAUUUGAGAUGUUUGAGAUUGAGAGGUCUUAGUAUAAACUUGCCAUAUUCUUUGGGCAAUUUAAAGUACUUGGAAACUCUCGAUUUAUCUGGUAGUUAUCAUUGUAGAAUACCAAAUGUGCUAUGGAAAUUGGGACGUUUGAGAUAUCUUUAUCUUUCGGACUGGUGGUGGAACUCUCAGCCUAAGCUGCGGUUGAGCAAGCAGCUGGAGAUACUUGAAUCAUUUAGCAACGAAUUUUGCAAUCCUGAAGAAGUAUGCAAAUUGUCGAAUCUCAGAGCUUUCAAAGCAACAGUGUAUAAAAAUUUUGAGGACUUGGAACACGUCAUCAAUCAUAUAUCAAACUUGGAUUGCAUACGCAUUAGCUCACUUACAAUCAAUAGUUGUGAUUUUGGCCGGACCAACUCCAACAAUUCCAAUGACAGCAACGGUAGUUUGGAUGUUCUUUCAAGGGUGUUGUUUAGUAGGAACAUUCAUAAAUUAUUGAUCGUGAAUAGUUUCUGCAAAAAGUUACCGGAUUACCAAUCCCGUAUGUCUCCUGAUCCUGCAGGCCUUACUGAAUUAAGGCUGCAGUGUACUAAAAUUGAGGAAGACUCAAUAGGAACACUCGAGGAGCUUCCUAACUUAAGACUGCUGGAACUUGGGACAUAUUCUUUUCUGGGCCAAGCAAUGAUCUGCCAUUCAGGGGGAUUUCCCGAACUAAAACAUCUCAGGCUUGAUGAUUUGGGUAACUUAAAGCAGUGGGUGGUGGAAGUAGGGGCCAUGCCUAACCUCUCAAGUUUAUGUAUUGAGGGGUGUAGAGAAUUGGAAAUGAUUCCAGAUGGGCUGAGAUGUUUAACUACCCUAAAAGAGGUAACUCUUGUGCAAAUGCCUGAAGAAUUCAACAAUAGAAUUAGGAGGAUGAAUGGUCAACAAGGAGAAGAUUAUGAUAAAAUAAGCCACGUGCCUUCAGUUAAAAUCCACAGAUUUGUUGGCGGAAUAACAGGUUAUCAAGUAGAAACUGUUUGUCCAAGCAAUCCUGUUUGACCAAGCCCCGGGUCUUGCCUUAAGAAAAUUCUACACUGAAUCUCCUGGCUUUCCCUGAUCUCAUCCGAUUCAAAUGUGAGUUUCUGUGUCAUAAGUUUCUUUGCACAUAGCAGCUGUUAUGGGACUCCAAAUGAUCUUAAACCUUUGAUAGGUCAUCCUCGUGGCAGCAAUGGGUCUAGCAUAUGACAAGGGCCAACAAGACUGUAAGCUGGUUAGAUCUUCUUGUGUAGCUAGCAUUUGUAUGUAUUGCGUGCUGCACCUUUACUUAGCUAUUAGGGAAAGAUACCAAUUUGUUAUAUGAUCCUUCACUUAUAGUGUUUGGGAAGCUCCAAGAAAAAUGUGUCAAUUUAAUUAGGAGAUAAUGUGUGAUUAUUUUUACUUUUUGGCUAGGUUCAAAGCAAGAUUCACCAAUGUGGUUGGAGGGGGCCAUCUAUGUUCUUGUAUUCUUAAGAAGAGAGGGUUAAAUUAAUAAGGAAACUUUCCCAAUUCCCUU